AUGCCUCCAGCUUACUACGAAACCCAGGAAGACUUGCAAUUCUGUCGGAAUUCUGCACGGGGAAUGAGCUACCCAGUUUCCCAGCCACUGCGAGGAGAUGCUCAACAACCCGCGGGUGGAUAUAGUAAUCGAAUAUGCUCGACAACAGAACCAGAGAUGAAGAGCAGCGGUACAUCUGCUCGCCGGCGUAUUCCGGUUGCUGUCAAUUCGUUCAAUACUCAGACCAAAUCACAUUACGGUUGCUCCUGGCCAUAUCCGGGUGCCGGGCCCCUGGGUGGCCCCUUUGUAAGCAACACAGGAUAUGAGGCACAGGUUAGCAGCAGAACCAACUCAAUCUCAAUCCAUUCGAUGGCUCCCACAUUCCCGCAAUAUUCAAAGUCUCAAUGUGCUUAUGAUCAAGCAACCCAGUUUGCUCCAAUUUCGAGGAGCCCGUAUAUCUCUGUCAACUACGAAGGCGAUUCCUCCCCGUACAGCGUAUCAUCUCCACCAUACAUUCUUCCUAACACCGAUUCCUCAGGAAGCUCCAGUUACUAUUCAUUCACAGGAAGCCCUCGGACCUCUCCAGUUGGCAAAACCCCAAAUGAAGAUAUUUACCAUGACCAAGAUGGCCAUCCCACCCUUGGGUCAAAUUACAACUACAUGACGCAAACGCAACCUCCCGCAUCCGUAUCAACCGAACUUCGUUCCGCACAUGGCCUUCUCAGCGCAAUGUCAUCAUCGUCAUCAGGGUCUGACAGGAUAUUGCCAAACCCUGCAGCGAGUCGAAAUGGCCGUGAUAACGGGAGUACAAUGAACGCUCAUUCGCCAGAGACUUCGCUUCCUUCCUAUGGAACUAGCCCAGGGUUGAAUGCCAGAUCCUCAAGCCAUUCGCCAUUGGAGGGUUUGUCGUCAAGCAGUCAGCAGAACACGAUGAGGACAACGACGACGCCAUCUACCAUGGCCAACAGUGCAAAUUCGCCAAGUACUAGCAAGCCCUUGAUAGGACCCACUGAUAUGGGAUUCGGGUACGUCCUAUCCAGCAAUCCCCCAGCCACAACAAUGCCUUCAACAACAUUCUCGGGAACGGAGUCAGUGGCGGGUUUCAGCCCUCCUACAGAGAAUACGCUGAGCGGUCCAUCCCACCGGGGCGAUGAGCUCCGACAGCGAACCAGCUGCGGAGCGCAGUCCUAUGGCCAUAGCACUAUGUUGUCUGCACACAGCUCAUCAGAUAACUUUUAG